AUGAGCAAGGUUCCCGAUGCUUGGGAGGACGAGUGGUCCACCACCGCGGAUGAUAAACUGCCAACCCCUCCCACAGAAACGGAAUCCAGGAGAGUCUCGUCGAAAGUGACAAAAGCCCAGCGAAGGGCUCAGCAGGCCGAAUUCAACCGCCAGCUGUGGGCCGAAGCUGAAGGACCUAGAGAAACCAACUACUUUUUAGAAUCGCGCAACGUCGUGCCGCUACGGUCCGAGUUCAAACCGCCUCCGAUCCUCCUCUCGAGAAAGGGACCCAUAGUACAAAAAUCACAAUCUCCUCGACCGCCCACUGCCGGUCUCCAGGAUCUAAGCUUGAACAACAGGGAUAAAAAUAAUAGCUCUGCUGAUCGCGGCGGCGAGUCUUCCGAAGACGAAGAGGAGGUGAAAGCCCGCGAACUCUCCCUCGCCGAACGACAGGCCCAAGCGGCCCGGGACCGCGAGGAGAAACAGCGCAAAUACGAGGAACGGAGACAAGAGCUCUUCGGGACGAGCUCCAGUGGUGCCAGUGCCGGUGCCAGUACAACACUGUCGUCCUCCUCUCACCAGCAAGGUGUUGGUGGCCAUAACAACAAGUCGGGAACCUCCAGUCCUGCAGGGAGCCUAACUCCACCAGGUUCGCGAUCUGCGACGCCGAAUCGAAGUCGAGGUGGCAGAGGAGGAGGGCGUCGCGGGGUACUACCACCAGGAGGAGGAGCGGGUGUGGCGGGGGGAAACCACAGCAUCAACUCUUCUCGAAACCAGUCGAGAGGUGGAUCUCAACACCGGGAAUUAUUCGAUCCCUCAUACGCUUCCAAGCCAGAAUCGACAUAUCUCCAGCGACGAGAGCAGCGGGAGAACGGGGUGUUGGGAGCGGUGGUCCACAACUCCGCUGCCGGGCAGCCUCUGCCUCAACAGCAGCACGUCCAGGAACCAAUCCGGGCACCGAGAGGGCCCGAUGGCAGCGGCCAAGGCGGCUUUGGCUUUGCGACCAGCAGAGCCUCAACAAGCGCGCCUGCGCCUGCGCCUGCACCUGCACCUGUGCAAGCCGACGAAGCAGCCACUCCUCCAGCACUAAGUCAUCACCGUCCCAUAGACACGGGCGACGCCGCCGCCGCUCCGCCCAGUUUCUAG